AUUAAAUUGCGUCUCUCUCUCUCUCUCUCAGAUUUUCUCUGUCAUUUCGUUUCCAUCGAUCGGUCUUUCAUUUUCGUUAGCAAAGCAUUUUCUCUUCUUCUUCGUGUCUUGAAAUAAAAGCCAGACGAUUGACAGAGAAGACAGAUGAGGUGAGAGAAGUUAUAAAAAAAAGUUUUGAGAGUUUCUCUCUCUUCUUCUUCUUCCCCCGCAACUUCCUCCUCUGACAAGCGCAGCACCGCAUCGAUCCCAUCGCCUCAGCUCUCUCACUCUCUCGAGCUCCCCCCCUCCCUCCUCGACCGUCUGCUUCCCUCUUCGGUAGGUCCUUCCUGGUCCGUCGUCUGGCUGCAAGCAUUUCUGUUGCCCUAGCUGUUGAGAGAAGGGACAAUUGUUCUCCCGCGAACCAUUUCUCUAGCUUCUGAACCAUUUGGAGCGCAAUUUGUUGAUUAACUGGAUCACGCUAGGUUUUUUUUUUUUUUUUUUUUUGCUUUGUUGUUGAAUCUUGAAUCGUAAUUUCUCCAAUUUCAACCCCUGUUGACAUCAUCGGCAUCAUCCCGGAUUGGAUUUCCUGAGCAGACCAUAUCUUCAAAUUUUUUUUUUUUAAUCUAAUUUUGUUGGUUGCAUUCGUUGGUUGGAUUAUUAUAUUCCUGAAUGGAUCUGAGAUUGUCGAUCACGCCACUGCCCAUGUGCCUGGAAUCUUAGCUACAUGUUCCCUUCUUGCUUUUCUUUAUCGGGUUUGUUAUCUGUCUUUGCUUGUGAUUCCUUGCCCAAGCACGUUGCCAGCCUGCGAACUGAAAUCUCUGAGCUUGGAUGUGCUUUGUUCUGAUCCCCAUCAGAUAUAUAUAUGCGCUUUAGUCCCUCCACCUGAAUAUCGUCUUCGGUUUUUGAUCUCUUUGAAGAACCCCGGGAGGUGAGGCUCCUCCCUGUUCCUUCGCUUGAUGAUCCUGUAACUUGCUGUUCCGGGAUAUCAUUCGAAUGAUAGAGCAUAUGCUAUGCAAACUUUUGUUCAAUUUUGGGUAGAUUUCUUAUUGAGUUUUUCUUCAUUGCAAAUGGAUGUGAAUUGGGGUGCUUCAUUUUUUGUUGGAAGUUCCAGUCUUCCCAGUGUAGGUUUUUUCUGUUGAGUUGCAGUACGUCCAGGGGUUUGACGACUGCGAAGUUGUGGGUGCAAGUGGCUCUCUUCUUUUCACGUUUUCAAUGUCUUUAGAAGGGUUUUGGUCAUUUGCGUCGAUUUCGAACUAUGUAGUCUGCAAAAUUGGUAAGGAUCUCCUCAACUUGUUUCUCUCACUCUUCUCUCUCCCGCCCCUCUUCUUCUUGGUUUGAUAUUCUAUCAUUCUCUAUGCCAUGGUUGAACCUAUAUACAUUUCUCAGGGAAUCUGCUAUCAUGGCUUCUGAGGCUUUGAGCCGGAGUCCGCUUUAGGAUAGACACUUGAAUUUGGACUUUGGAGAAGUGCUCACAUCAGCAAUGGCAAAAGGUAGCAAGGGACGCCGCAGGAUUGCCUCUCGACAUUUGAGACCAACUCCAUAUCCAUUCCGGAAGUGGGGUCAGAGCAUUUCGGACUUGUGCCCAGCAAAAUGCCACAAGGCAGCGGAAAAGAAAGACUGGGAAGAUGCAAUGUGCUCUGUUUGUAUGGAAUACCCUCACAAUGCUGUUCUCCUCCUCUGUUCCUCCCAUGAAAAGGGUUGCCGCCCCUACAUGUGCGGAACGAGCUGCAGGUAUUCCAACUGCCUUGACCAGUACAAGAAGGCUUACACCAAAAUGACCAUGUCGAACAAUGUGGGGCCGGGUCAAGGCACGACCAAUGAUCCGAUUGUUAUUUCAGAUUCUUCUGCUUUGCCCACUCAGAAGUGUGAGGUACCAGAGCUUCAAUGCCCACUCUGCAGAGGCCAGGUCAAAGGCUGGACCGUGGUGGAGCCUGCUAGAGCAUAUCUGAAUGCAAAAGAGAGGACAUGCAUGCAGGAGAACUGCUCAUUUGUCGGGACAUAUAAGGAGCUGAGGAAGCAUGUGAGGGUGGAGCACCCCUCUGCUCGCCCGCGGGAGGUGGACCCUGCCCUGGAGCAGAAGUGGAGACGGCUCGAAAGGGAAAGGGAGCGCGAUGAUGUGAUCAGCACAAUACGGUCCACAAUGCCUGGGGCAAUGGUGUUUGGGGAUUAUGUCAUCGAAGGGAGUCAGUUUGGGUUCAGUGCAGAGGACGGCGGAGGGGCAGGAGGAGAGAGGAGCAGCAGCGGUGGCUUAGAAGUGGGGUUCGAUAGCAAUUUGGUAAACGUUUUCCUACUCAUGCAUGCAUUUGGGCAGAGAGGGAACGUUGAUCUUGGCAGACGGUUUAGGCAGUCUGAGGUGGGCCGUGAGACCCCUAUUUUUGGGUCUGAUGCGUCUGAUCAAGAUAAUGGGAAUGAUAGCAACGACGACGAUGAUCAAGCUGACGAUGCUGAUGGCAGCUUAUUGUUGGUCCGGCGUCUCCAGCGCCAGGGGAGGGUGCUCCUGGGACGAUCGGGAAGGAGACGUAGGCGUAGAGAAGGCAACGGAAAUGGAGGGGCGAGAUAGCAAAUAUCUGACAGUCUUUAGUUAGGGAAGAAAAGAAUGAACAAGAAAAAGGAAAAGAACAUUAGGAUUAGGUUAGAAAAUAGGGAUUUGACUAGGAAAGUGGGGAUCGGUACGAUUCAUUGCUUGCCUUUCUCGUCCUCAGUUGCCAUGGAAUUAUCUAUCGAUGUCUUGUUCUGAAUUCCUGGUGUAAUUUGUAUUUACUGUGUAUUUGUAUUUAAUUUCCAUUUGAUUCUGUGAAUUAUGCUUUCCUUUCAGGUACAGUAAAUCUCAAUUCUCAAGUUCACCUGUAAUUAAUUUAUUGUGGGGUGUGCCCCUGAAUUUGUAAUCUCGAGAAGAUGAAUGAAUGGAAUAAAUGCAUGUUUUGUUUCUA